AUGAGCGUCAUCACGGGAUCUGGUGUUGUCCAGCGGGGGAAUCAAUUAGCUACAGAGCAGAUCGAACUCCCAUCCCUCGGAGACCAUCAUGUACUCGUCAAGGUUGAAUGGGCAGCUUUCAAUCCAACAGAUCUCGCAUUCGAUCUCAACGCAUUCGGGGACGGCGCUACUGGCUGUCGGCGACGAAUUGCUGCCCUUGUAUGGGGUGGCGAGAUCAAGGGGCUCGGGGCAUAUUCGACACACUGCCACGCCGACGAACGCAUCUCCUUCAGGGUCCCCGACACUUUAAGCCACUCGAGCGCAUGCUCCAUCCCUCUUGCUGCGAACACUGCCUGGCUUGCGCUGUUUUCUCAGGGCUGCCUGGCGCUGGCCAGAGAGACUACCGCAAUAAGGCCACCCAUCCUAAUCUGGGGAGGAAGCUCCACUGUCGGCUACUUCGCCAUCCAAAUGGCGAGGCUACACGGCCACGAAGUCAUCACGACAUGCAGUCCCUGCAACUUCGAGUUGGCAAGACGAGCGGGAGUGACUCACGUCUUCGACUAUAACGACCCAGAAGUCACGGCCAAGACUCGCUCCGCGGCCCCGGACUUGGCCCACGUUUUCGACACCAUCGGUUCGGCGACGUCCUCGGCUACGGCAUGCGAGGCGAUGGACGGCCGGCCUGGAGUCUUGUGCACCGUCCGGCCGGGCAAGGCCAACAAGGGGGACGUGCCGCCUAACGUCAAAGUCACGGAUGUUUUCGUAUUCACUGCCUUUCCGAAGCCGCAUUCCUACAGGGGGACGGCACACUGGCCCGUGACGCAGAUUAACAUGACGGACCACGAACUGAGCGUUGAGCUGUACGAUCAACUGCCGACGCUCCUGGCAGAUGGCAAACUCGUGCCUCCGACGGUGAAGGUUGUGGGAGCGCUUGGUCCAGAGACCGUUGCUGAGGCCAUGAAUCUCAACCGCAGUGGCAAGAUAUCGGGGGAGAAGCUGUGCUUCAGGGUGUCGGCGGAUGCUGCUGCCGAGACCGAGGGUGCAAAGUAG